CAGCAGAGGAAGCAGCAGAGCCCAGGCUGGGAGCAGCACAGGCCGAGCCAGCCCCACUGCCACCGCAGGGGAGACACGGCCCCACCGGACCCCCGGGGGCACUCCGGAUACUGUGGACACUGCGGACACUGCGGACACUGCGGACACUGUGGACACUGCGGACACUCUGGACGCUCCAGACACGCCGGGAUGGAGGAGGCGGUGGUGAAGCAGGGCUGGAUUUAUCAGCAGCUCCAGCAGCCAUUCGGGAAGAGGUGGAAGAAGCUCUGGGCCGUGCUGUACCGGGACAGCCGCGGGUCCCCGGCGCGCCUGGAGCUGCGGGAUGGCCCCGAGCGGCCGCGCAAGGCCGAGCCCGCCCGGCGCCCGCUGCAGCUCCGCGACUGCAUCCGCGUGGUCCCGGCAGGGACCGAGACCUCCUGUCCUGGGGACACCGUCCCCAUCCUGCUGGACACGGCCGAGCGCCGCGUGCUGCUGGCUGCUCCCACAGCUGAGGCAGACGAGUGGAUCCGGCGGCUGUGCGAGCUGGCGUUCCCGAGGAGCCAGGAGGAGCCAGGAGUGGCCAAGGAGGGAUCGCUGAGCUCGCCGGGCACAGAGGGAGAGUUUUCCAUGGAGGAAAAUUCCCUGUACAGCUCACGGGACAAAGGUGGGAGCGGGGCUGGGGCUGCUGCGGGGUGGGGAAAUCUGCCCCCAAAAGCCUCUUCCUGCUCUUCCUGCUCCUCCUCCUCCUCUUCCUGCUGUGGUUUGUGGGGCUGCCUUGGCUGUGCUAUCAGCAGUGGCUGGAGCUGUCCGGCCCUUAUCGGCCGGUCACUGCUGGCCUGGCUGGAGGGGUCAUCCAUAGCCCUUCUGGGGGGUGGGACACGUGGCCAGUGUCCACCAUGUCCAUCCCAGCCUCUGGCCUGGGGGUCACUCCCAGCCCCUGUGUGCCGUGGCACCGUGUCCAUCCCAGCCCCUGUGUGCCCUGGCACCCCCACCGAAGGAGAGGAAUUUUAUGAAGCCUCCCCGUACGAGCCGGUCACCUCUCGUCUCUCUGAUAUAUUCAGACUCGCUUCAAUUUUCUCAGGAAUGGACCCGGCCACCACCUCCAAGAGCAACCACUGCCUGGACGCGGCCAAGGCCUGCAACCUCAACGACAACUGCAAGCGCCUGCGCUCGGGCUACAUCUCCACCUGCAGCCGGGAGCUGUCGGCCACCGAGCCCUGCAGCCGCCGCAAGUGCCACAAGGCCCUGCGCCAGUUCUUCGACCGCGUGCCCGGCGAGUUCACCUUCCGCCUGCUCUUCUGCUCCUGCAAGGACCCGGCGUGCGCCGAGCGCCGCCGCCAGACCAUCGUCCCCUCCUGCUCCUAUGAGGACAAGGACAAGCCCAACUGCCUGGACCUGCGCGGUGCCUGCCGGAUGGACCACCUGUGCAGAUCCCGGCUGGCCGAUUUCCACACCAACUGCCAGGCCACCUUCCAGUCCCUGACCAGCUGUCCCGGGGACAACUUCCAGGCGUGCCUGGGCUCCUACGCGGGGCUCAUCGGAUUUGACAUCACCCCCAACUACGUGGACGCCAGCACCACCAGCAUCACCAUCUCGCCCUGGUGCUCCUGCAAAGGCAGCGGGAAUAUGGAGGAGGAGUGCGAGAAAUUCCUGCGGGAUUUCACGGAAAAUCCCUGUCUCCGAAAUGCCAUCCAAGCUUUUGGGAACGGCACUGACGUGAACGUGGCUCCCAAAAAUCCCAAUCCAGUGACGGUGCUUCCAAAGGCGGACAAGAGCCCGGUGCUGCCAGACGACGUCAACGACAGCAACACCGCGUACGACACCAGCGUCAUCAGCACCUGCACCUCCCUCCAGGAACAAGGCCUGAAGCCCAACAAAUCCAAGGAGCAGAGCCUGUGCUACUCCGAGGCCCAGCUGACCACGGACGUGAUGCCGGACCAGAAGACUUUCAUGGAUCCCAAGGGGGGAAGCAGCCGGCACCGGGAGAGCCGUAUCCUGUUCCUCAUUCCCAUCCUGAUCCCGGCCUUGGGACUAUAGAGGGGCGGGAAGGAGCGGCCGGUGGGACGGGGACGCUCGGACCGGCGCCCACCGGUGCCGCGCUUGCGCCGGAGACUGGAACGCUCCCAAAUCCCGGGAAUGCCGAGCUCUGGAGAGGCAGGAGGAGCCCUCACCACGCUGGGAAACUUUGGUGGUUUUCUUCCUACUUUUCAUUUUUCCCAGUUUUGUUUGGUUUUGGUCUUUUCUGGGUCGGUUUUCUGGAGCGGCUCCUGGGAAAACUCCUUGGAAAGGGCUUGGAAUUGGGGUCUGGAGCUGCCAACGGUGCCGGGGAGGGAAAAAAUGUUGGAGAAAAGCUUUGGGAAAGGAGAAUUUCAGGAUUUUUUGUACCGGGGUGACCACAGGGACAGCGAAGAUUCUGCAUGGAACAUCCUGGAGGAUGAAGGUGCCAUCGGGAGCCACCUGGAGGGGACUCCCAGAGCUCUUCCCAUUGGUUUUUGGGGGAUUUUGGUUGGGAUUUUUCCUCGGAGAGUUUCCGAAUGGAAGAGAAAAGAAACUGGUGUGAAACGUGUGAGGUUGUGCUGAUGUUUUCAAUCAUUCCAGGGGGAGAGGUUCCAUUCUCCUUCUUUCUACUUUUUUUUCAGAUUUGGAAUUUGGGUUGGGA